GGCGUUAACCAGGACUGCUAAACGGACGCUUGGUCAAAUCCACACCGACCUUCGAGCUCUCACAGGCGGUGUGCUCGCGUCACUCUCACUGGGGAGAUUUGUGGCGGUGGAAAUACGAUACAUUAUCGAGCAUCUAAGGAGAAGGAUCAGCCUUUCGGGCUGAGGAGCUGGUGGAUAUUCACGCUACGGAGGUUUCAAACUGGUUCUCGCUGGUGCCAUUUUGGAUUCUAAAUUACCUUGAGGAUUAAAGUUGGAUCCAAUAGAGUUCUUCCUCAUGAGGAAAGAUGGGCAAUGGACUCUCGGAACAACCUGGCUUUCUCUCUAGCAUCCCGUUCUUCCAGUCCUUCCACAUCGCCAUCCUCGGCCUGGAUUCGGCUGGAAAGACCACCGUCCUGUACCGGCUCCAGUUCAACGAGUUUGUCAACACGGUGCCCACCAAAGGUUUCAACGCCGAGAGGGUGCGAGUGUCCUUGGGUGGCCACAGGAGUGUGACCUUCCAGUUUUGGGACGUGGGCGGCCAGGAGAAGCUGCGUCCCCUGUGGAAGUCGUACACACGAUGCACGGACGGCAUCAUCUUCGUGGUGGACUCUGUGGACGUGGAGCGCAUGGAGGAGGCCAAGACGGAGCUCCAUAAGAUCGCCAAGACCUCGGAGAACCAGGGGGUGCCGCUGCUGGUGGUGGCCAACAAACAGGACUUGAGACACUCUCUGGGGCUGGCGGAGAUCGAGAAGCUGCUGGCGCUGAAGGAGCUGAGCCCGGCGACACCGUGGCACCUGCAGCCGGCCUGCGCCAUCAUCGGAGACGGCCUCAGGGAGGGCCUGGACAGACUCUACGACCUCAUCCUGAAACACAGAAAGGCGCUGCGGCAGCAGAGGAAGAAGCGAUAAAGGAGAAAAGAGACUUGAGUCACCGCAGGAUGUCGUCUUCCACAUCCAACACAGCCGGAGUGUCUGGUAACGAUGCGGCCCAUCAGGAAGUGAAGCGUAAAGGAAUACAGUAUGAAGAUGAGAACGUUGUAGACGGGUGUUGAUCUGGUUCUGAAGGUUUGAGGUGUGGAAAGGUGCUAAAAGUUGUGAUAUGAAUGAUUUAUGAAUGGCCAAUGGUUGCUCUUUUACCAAAAAUGUCUACGUAUAUAAACUAGCAAGAAGGCUUAGGACACCAUCCAGUCACAUUUUGUUGUCUUCUAACUCAUCUUUUUUUUGUUUUACACUAGACUUUCAAUGUGGAAGCAAAGUAUUAUUUUUAUUGUGCAUUACGAUUGGUUUGGUGGCUCUUUUUACUUUUUAUAAAGCACUUUAGAUGAUGACUUCCAAUAGAGUUUACGGUUGAUAAGAAUGGACACUGGAGGCUUUUGUAAGGACUGACAUGUUUGGACACGUGCAGUAGGAGCAUUUUUGAUGAAUAAAGACUACUUCGUGCACUGGUGGCCAUCCCUGUAAUUAUGGGACUUUACAGGACUUCAAUCUAUUUGUGGCAGUGGGUGGGGUCCAAUUUGCAUAACUCAAAUGACACUUGUGUGUGUGAUUUUUCAGACAGAGUCAGCAAAAAAAAGGAAAAGCAAAAGAAAUGAAUAUUUUUCUGUAGCUUUCUUUUUUUCACAAGCAAGACUGAGCCAUCUGUGAGCACUGUUAGAUGGGGGGGAGCUCGCAGCAGCACCUGUGAAAGUGCUUUAAUCGGGCAAGCAAUAGCCAACAUUGAACUCCCAGUGAGCUUGUCACACGGUGGAAAGGAAGGGGGGGCGGGUCACUAGACAGAAUACUAACUUGAAUCACCAUGUGGGAAACAAUGACAGACCGUAUAGCAGCUAAGCAAACACACACGGGACAACAACUAAGUUAACUCUUAACAUGUACUGUAACUAGCAACUUUCUACACAGCAAGUGCCGCAAGGCAUGCUGGGAAGCCGGAAGCACUCUCAGUGAUGCGAUAACAUCGAUUUUUGUGAAACCCUAUUUUUGGUCUCUACGUCCAGCGGCCACCAGCUAAGUUGCGUUCGAGUCUCAAAGUGUUCAAUAAGACCAAAAAAAGUUGCCAGAUUUUUUGUGAAACCGAAUCUAGAGGGGUCUGAAUACUCGCUAAACAUGGCGACAAUGAGUACGUUUCCAUGAUCCCGAUCAAAAGGAACAUGAAUUUGUGUUCUGCGCAUGUUCUAUUGGAAUGGAAUCUUGUGUCGUUGGCGGGAACUACGUGUAAACACGACCACACGCAAAACCCCACACUUGUGGAGCGAGGGGGAAACAAGCCACCUGGUCAGGGUGGUGAAAGACAGGAACAUGAUGUCUUUUAUAGACGGUAGAAAGUACCCCCAUAGCCAAAUCUAUCAGACCGUGAGCAAGCAGUUACGCCAAGCAGGGUUUGUACCAACGCAUCUUCACAAGUGUCCGGGGGGGCUCUGGGGAUUGUAGCAUGGAUAUGGAUGGCACAGCUCCGGCUCCAUUUCCUAUUUCUCCUAGUUCUCGCCUUCCAUUUUAAUGAAGGAAGUGAGACGGAAUAGUGUCAAGUACUGGUGGUGGGUCAGCACCAAAACAAAGGCGUUCAUUAUCCGCCGUGCUGGUGUUGUUUUCGGAUACAGGAAGAAGAAGCGUAAAUGACGUCAUGACGUUUACCGUGCGCUGAAACACUGUCUGUGUGGGGCUUUUUUUCAUGUCACGCAUGUAAAGCCGACGUGGCCAAUCGGACAACUGAAGAAAGUCAUUUGCGGAUAAGACACAUAAACAAGCAAUGGAAAAUUGGGGGGAAAGGCCAAUGAAGUACGUGAUGGUGAAUGCACUCCUGCUAAUCACAGUUGAAUAUGACGCCAACUGAAUGCAGGUCGAUGUGCAUUUCUGUUUUUCUUUAAACUUUCAAUAUUCUUUACGCAAAAUCAUGCAAAGGCCUUUUUUUAGCGCAGGGAUGCCGCAUACUGAAAAUCAAAGGAUGCGGGGGCUACUUUUCCACAUGCAAGGACGGUUUUUUAUAUUUAAAAAAACAACAAAAAAACUGCAUGUCAGCUUUGUUAUUGGUAACAAAGCAUAUUAGAAAAGCAUUUUAAAAAAUGUUUUCCUUUUUUCAAAUUCAUUUUUUUAUGAAUAUUUCAACGUUGUUGUACAUUUUUUUUUCUUAAUGUUAUGUCUUUAUCCUCAUAUUUUCACUUAAUUUUUUACCCAUCCUAACUUUCCUAAAAUUGUGUUUGGUUCUCAUAUUACGACUAAACAACCACAUAUUUUAGACUUCAGUAUUUCAUGUCAUUUUUCUUUUCAUAUUAUUACUUUAUUCUUCUAAUAUUUCGGUUUGGUUUAAUUGUAUUUGAACAUGCAGGUUACGAUGGAAUACAUCUCAUCAAUCUUUCUUUCUCACUUCCACAUGUCCAAAAGGAGUAGGAAGAAGCAACGCUUAUUUAAUCCUACGCCCCAUCUUGUGCCCUACAUAUUAUUCACUUCCUGUGUUCCAUGUAAUAUUAUUCCAUAUCAUAAUCAGUGCAGUAAUACAGUGAAAAUAAUAAAAACAAGCAUGACACAACAGGAAAUAUAAUAAUAAAUAAGAUGAAGGCAAGCCUUUUUGCCUUGAUCCUCUACAAUUAUUGUUUUAUCCCAUUUUUGCUGUUUUUUUAUUUUUACAUUCUAGUUUAGAAUGUGCCGAGGGCCAUUAAAAAACAGUCGCAGGCCAUUAUUGGCCCCCAGGCCUCACUUUGGACAAACACAAAUGCCUGAAAUGCAAUUUGUAUGUGGACAAAAGACAUUUUUCCUUCUUGUGGACAUGAGCAGAUGGUCACGUGGCGCUAAAUGCAGCAGUCUUUUCAGUACACACACGCUAAAGAUGUUUCAACGGACGGUUAUCCUGACACACCCGCUGUUCGAAAGUCAACAGAUGUCACAUCGUGUGCAGAUUCCGUUGAAAAAAACCCGACAGAGGAGUUUGCUCGCUGGUAGUUUCCUUCGCCGUGACAUCACCAGCGCAGACACAAGCAGAGUUCCUGUCAACCACAACCACUCAGGACCUGAUUAAGAAGUCAUCGCCAGGUGCAGACAGGUAGGGAACACAAAUCACCUGACCACCUGGUGCCAUGCAGGGAGUUAGCACAGACACGCCUGCCUGCCUUCUUUCCUUGGAAAUGCGGUCGGGGCGGUCUGCAGGCGAAACCUAGUAGGACAGGCUCGGGCAGGAGCGGCGCAUGAGCCCGGAGCCUCCCCGAGCGUCGGCUCGCUUUAUUAACACGGUUUACACCCUCCGUUAACGAUGCAAAGGCCCAGCUGGAGGGCGCAGCAGCUGGCCCCGUGUUACAAAUGACAACUGCUGGCUCCAGCAGCAAACAUGCGGCCUGUAAAAAUAUCUGUUCCACUUUCAAAGCUGUGACCUUGAUGCUGGCUGCGCAUGCAGAAUCCGUGCAAAAGGAGGUGGGAGGGUAAAAAUAGAGCACUAAUUAGCGCUUGAUUUCAGUAUCCAGUUGGAAUGUUCUUCUGAGCGAUUGGCAUGAAUCACAGGUCACACACACGUGUGCAUGAAAAGCAUCUUUAACGGGUGGCCAACUACAUUAAAGGGAUAGUUUGGAUGUUUUCCACAUGAAUUUGUGUGACGUCCCCAUCAGCAGCGUAGAACAUCAACAGUGACUUACCCCACACUUGGUCCCACGAGUCCAGUUCUGGUCCGAUUUCCAUGAUGAGGCACGUAGUUCCGCUUAGUUGCUGGGUCAUUUAAGCAAAAACAAAAAAUAAAAAAUGCCUCCUCGAAAAAAUCAGACCUCACAAAUCGCUCUGCGUUCUAUUUGUCUCGCGCCGUAUCCCUGCGCACUGUCGCCACUCCAUUCUUGUGUAUCUGAUGAAGACGCUCACAUCUUUGUCCGCGACGAAGCACUGCGGCCAUCUUGUUUAAACACGUUAUAUGUGACAGGCGACAGUACGGAGGGAGACGGCGGGAGACAAAUAGAACACCGAGCGAUUUGUGAGGUCUGGUGGUGCUGCACAUGUCUUCACCAUGGGUGUACAACGCCCUCUACUGGUAGCAGUAGAAAAUACAAUAAUGGACACAUACAACAGUGCACCGAUAGACCGCUCUAAUACACCACAAGGACGCACAACACAGUGCGUGUUCAUACACUGUAAAAAAAAUACAAAAUUUCACUUUUAAAAAAACCCCACGAAACCGCAAAUCUGCAAAAGGUGAACGGCGAUGUAGCAAGAGAACGUUUAAAGGAUGCAGGGUGCCGCUGAUAUUUUUAUAAAUAUUUUUUUAAUUUUGUAAACAGCCAAUACUUUAAAAAUUACAUAUUUAAUAUCAACAUUUCAGCUUUUUUGUUUUACAUUAUGCAUUUUUGCACAAUUUUUUCCAUUUUUGUGUUUUAAAUAAAAUCAUUACAAAGUUUUUACAUUUUUUUUAUGUAUUUGUUUUUAAUCUUCAUUUGAUACUAUUGAUUAAUUAAUAGAACCAAUUCGAUUAUUAAUUUUAGGUUCAAUAAAAUUAGAAAAAAAUGCUACAAUAUGUGGCAGGAGGGCCAUUAAAAAACAAACCGAGGUCCACAAAUGGCCCCGGGCUGCACUUAGGACACCGCUCCACCAGACUAUCACAACUUGAACGACCUAAUAAUAGAAGGCAAUGUUGUGUAAAAAUGUGACCAAGUUUCAGAACACAUAAAAAAGCACCAAAAAUGUUCCCCAGCAAAGGUAAGGUGUGCGAUAUGUUUGAAAGGCACUUAACAACCUGAACUUAUUUUUACACGUACAUAAGCUAAAUAUGAGCUAUUAUGUGUUAUGAUGGCUGCGGAACAAAUCCUUUCUUUCUUUUUGGCCUUGCAAGGGUCUAAUGCAGUGCUUCUCAAUGAAUGUCUCUCAUGCCCCCACUGGGGGAGAGAAAUAUUUUCGCACUCCCCCCGAUUUGAAGAGCUUUUGAGAAACUGAUCAUAUGUCUUUAUUUAUCUGUA